AUGGAGAGAUAUAUGCUACCUGGGUUGAAAUCCCAAAUCGAAGAAGAGUGUUACAUGAACAAUAUACCACCUUUUACCGAAGAACUUAUCCCAAAUCUUCAAAACCACACUCAACAACAAAACAUUGUUGGUCCUUCAGACCCAAAUACUUCUGGUUUUAGGCACCAUUUAGGUUCCUCAUUUUCUUUGCCAUCGCCCAAAUCCAAUUUCUCAAAUCUACCGAAUAUUAAUGACAAUAUCAACAUCACUAGCACCACCAUUACCAACAAUCCAUUUGGUAAUGUCUUCAAUUUAGAUUCCCACGAUGUUUUUCAACCUCCAUUAUCAGUUGAGCAAUUAACCUCAAUAUGGUUGAAGGAGUUUGAGAAUAAGGCGGAAAAAGAUGGAAAUGAAGAGGUUGGCGGAGGAUCGAAUCAUGACUCCAAUGAGAGUGUUGGUGUUGGAAAGAUGGGGAACCAUGGGAAAAACGAGGGAAAUAAUUAUAAUGCAAAUAACAAUGUUGGCGGUAGCAAUAAUAACAUCAUAGAUAAUAAUGAUGAGGAAAAUUGUGUUAUUAAUGGGAACCGAAAAGGGAAGAAAAAGAAAACUCCAUCAAAGAGUCUCAUCGCUGAGAAGAAGCGAAGGCAGAAACUCAGUGAUAAUAUGCACAAGCUUCGUUCUGUUGUACCAAAGAUUACCAAGAUGGACAAAAUUUCAAUACUUGGGGAUGCUGUAAACUACUUGAAUGAGUUAAAAGAACAAAUUAAUGAUCUUCAAAGUGAGAUAGCGUCAAGUUCUCCAAGAUCAUUUAUGCCACCGCCUACAGGAACUCACAUUAUGACAUCUACCAUGUCAGCCCUUCCAGUUCAAAUGAAAGAAAAGUUAUGUCCUAACAAUGUGUCAGGUCUUAAAAACCAACCAACAAAGGUAGAUGUUAGGGUAAGGGAAGAGGGAAUUGUCAACAUCCAUAUGUUUUGUGCCAACAAACCAGGUGUUUUGGCAUCGAUUAUGAAGGCAUUGGAUAGCCUUGGAUUGGAUGUUCACCAGGCUAACAUAAGCUGUUUUAAUGAUUUUUCUCUAGAUGUGUUCAAAGCUGAGCAACACAGCAAAGACCAAGAAUUGACCCCCGUACAAAUUAAAGCAUUAUUGUUGAAGGCAUUGGAUUUUCAUUGA